GAAGUGCUGUGGAGUUUGCUCAAUUCCCUAGCCUGCUUUCCCUCCCUCAUACCUCCCUCCCUCUGUCUCUCCACCCCUCACCUCCCCUACUGCUGUCCCCUCCUUCCUCGGGACGCCACCUCCUGGACUUCUUUUCCUUCUUUUUUUGGAUUUUUGUUUUGUUUUGGAUCUGGCUUCCCGCUGGUAGCGCUGAGGGGCUGCAAGUGCGGGGGAAGGAGGCAGGAGGCUGGGGCUCAGCUCAUCCCUCUCGGGCAGCAUCCCCCCCGCCCCCGGGACAUCGCGGAGAACGAACCUCCGGACGGCCGGACAAACAGCCGGCCGCGCCAUCUAUUCGAAGGAACUCCAUCUACCAACUACUGUUAAGUGUUUGCUGGCACACCAGUGGUGGGGGUGGUGAUGGUUUCUGUUAGUGUUACCUCUGGACAGGGGUCCUGGGACUCGGAUCAGGGUCAGCUUAGUACUCCGAAACUGCUGAGGAAUUAGGCAAACAAAAGAGGCAGAGAGAGAGAGAGAGAGCGAGAGAGAGAGAGAGAGAGAGAGAGAGCAGAAGUCCUCUGAGCGGCUUGUCGCGCCCCCUUGUUCUCUGGGGGUGGGGGGCUAGCCAGUUGCAGGGCGGGAAGAGGGCACCAGAGCGGGCUAGGCAGGGUCGCACCCCCUAGGUCGUGUAGUUAUCCUCCGGUUGUGCAAGCUUUGGCCCUUGUUUUCCCGGCCUGGCUCGUUUGGAGGCCGGACACAUCCACCCUUGGAAUUGGUUCAGGACUCGGCUGUUAUUCUCCUCGCCCCUCUUGGAUUUUCUGGAUUCUUGAAGACGCGGUGGCCAGGGACGAGAGAGGAAGGAGGAAGGAACAGCUCUUCAGAGGAAUGUGAGAGCCUCCCAAAGGAGCUGGGAGCCGGGGAGGCAGAACCUUGCCUGCGUUCCUGGGACCGUGGUCCGCAGCGGAUUCUUUUCUGUUGUACAACCUUGUUCUAGUGGAAAGUGUCUGUCGCAUUCUUGUUUCUAGCAGAGCUUGUUUCUCCAGGUCAUUUGACUUUUCUACUUGGUGUGAGAAGAGGGAGUGACUCCCUCCCUCUCAUGGGCUGCCAAGGGAGGGAAGAAAGACUGUGGUCAUGACCAACCCCUCCCUGUUUACAGGCAGAUACCCCAAGGCUGGAUAAGGCUGUUUCUGGACCAUGGACGUUUCUUUGAAGAGAAGGCAGCUAGACCUCAUCUUGUGCAUGGCCGAGACCCCUGCCUGAGGGUCUGAGUAAGGUAUACUAGACUUGGAGCUGCAAGUACAUUUUUGGACACCCUGCUGAGCAUCCUGAGUCCGGGCAAGGUAUUUUCCUUCCAAUAUUGACCUGCCUGGUAGCCUAGCCAUGGCACUGAAAGGCCGAGCCCUCUAUGAUUUCCACAGUGAGAACAAGGAGGAAAUCAACAUCCAGCAGGAUGAAGACCUGGUUAUCUUCAGUGAGACUUCACUGGAUGGCUGGCUGCAGGGGCAGAACAGCCGUGGGGAGACAGGGCUCUUCCCUGCUUCUUACGUUGAGAUCGUCCGUCCUGGUCCUGGCAUCAACACCAACCACGUGGACUACCCCAGCAGCCCUGCAGGCUCCCUGGGCACCCAAGUGAGUUUGUAUAACAGCCCUAGUGUGGCCAGCCAAGCCAGGAGUGGUGGGGGCAGUGGCUUUCUCUCAAACCAAGGAAGCUUUGAGGAUGAUGAUGACGAUGACUGGGAUGACUGGGAUGAUGGAUGCACAGUGGUAGAAGAGCCAAGGGCUGGUGGCCUAGGUACCAAUGGGCACCCUCCACUCAACCUUUCCUACCCGGGUGCCUAUCCCAACCAGCAUAUGGCUUUCCGACCCAAGGCACCCUUGGAAAGGCAGGACAGUCUAGCGUCUGCCAAGCGGGGCAGUGUGGUGGGACGGAACCUCAAUCGCUUCUCAUGUUUCGUGCGCUCUGGAGUGGAGGCCUUUAUCCUUGGUGAUGUGCCCAUGAUGGCCAAGAUUGCUGAGACCUACUCCAUCGAGAUGGGCCCCCGUGGCCCUCAGUGGAAGGCCAACCCCCACCCAUUUGCCUGCUCCGUGGAGGACCCCACCAAACAGACCAAGUUCAAAGGCAUCAAAAGUUACAUCUCCUACAAGCUUACACCCACCCAUGCUGGCUCACCUGUUUACCGGCGCUACAAACACUUCGAUUGGCUCUACAACCGCCUUCUCCACAAGUUCACUGUCAUCUCUGUGCCCCACCUCCCUGAGAAGCAGGCCACCGGCCGCUUCGAGGAGGACUUCAUUGAGAAGCGCAAGCGACGACUCAUCCUCUGGAUGGACCACAUGACUAGCCACCCUGUGCUCUCUCAGUAUGAGGGCUUCCAGCAUUUCCUCAGCUGCCUCGAUGACAAACAGUGGAAGAUGGGUAAACGCCGGGCAGAGAAGGAUGAGAUGGUGGGUGCCAGCUUUCUGCUCACCUUCCAGAUCCCCACAGAGCACCAGGACCUGCAGGACGUAGAGGACCGUGUGGACACAUUCAAGGCCUUCAGUAAGAAGAUGGACGACAGUGUCCUGCAGCUGAGCACCGUGGCAUCAGAGCUGGUGCGGAAGCAUGUGGGAGGCUUCCGCAAGGAAUUCCAGAAGCUAGGAAGUGCCUUCCAGGCCAUUAGCCAUGCCUUCCAGAUGGAUCCUCCCUUUAGCUCCGAGGCCCUCAACAAUGCCAUUUCUCACACCGGCCGGACCUAUGAAACGGUUGGUGAGAUGUUUGCUGAACAGCCCAAAAAUGACCUCUUCCAGAUGCUUGACACACUGUCUCUCUACCAGGGCCUGCUCUCCAACUUCCCUGACAUUAUCCACCUGCAAAAAGGUGCCUUCGCCAAGGUGAAGGAGAGCCAGCGCAUGAGUGACGAGGGCCGCAUGGCUCAGGAAGAGGCAGACGGCAUCCGCAGGCGCUGCCGCGUGGUAGGCUUCGCCCUGCAGGCUGAGAUGAACCACUUCCACCAGCGCCGUGAGCUUGACUUCAAGCAUAUGAUGCAAAGCUACCUGCGCCAGCAGAUCCUUUUCUACCAGCGGGUGGGCCAGCAGCUGGAGAAGACCCUGCGCAUGUACGACCAUCUCUGACAGAGUGACCACACGUGCAGGUCCCCUUCCCAGCUGGACCUAGUCCCUGCAGCCCACCCCACUCCAAGGCUCCCUGCCCCCAGCAGUGGCUCAGGUGCUCAGGAGUGGGAGAGGCGAGUGGCCUGUUAGGAGAGAAGGGACUUUGGAGACGUCCUGGUACCCCUGGAGAAGUCUUCCCUCACUUUAGAGAUGGGUGAAUGGAGACAGAGUCCUCUGAGCCAAAGCCUGGGCUGCUGGUCAGUCCCUAGAGAGCAGGAGUCUCUGUAGCCUGUAGUUCACGCUCACCUGGCCACCACACCCUGUUUAUUCCCUGGACUCCGUUGACUGCUGUGGCCAUGGCUGAGACACUAGUGACCAAGCCUGGAACAUGCCUGUCCCAGAAGAGCCACCUUUCAAGAUGGAUAUCAGACGCUGCAGUGUGACAGUGACAUUUAAGGAUUCCCGGAAACUCCUUGAAGGACCACAGAACUCUGCUGGGUGGGGAACGCUCCAUGGAGGAGGUGACAUUCCAGAAGAUCUUGAAGAAUUGCAAGGACCUACAAGACAGGAAAUGGGUGAAGGACAUGGGGAGAGGACCAAUGCCGUCUCUCCUCUUCUUCACCUUUUCCAAACAAGUUUGGUAUCCUCUCCGUGGGUUCUGGUCAGUCUGACAGAGGGAGGGAUCGUCCUUGCUCCGUGGUCCCUGGAUUUCCCUGCCGUACCGCUUCUGCAGGGGGACUCAGGCCAACUCCCUCCUAGAGGUCUUGGACUCCCCUCUACCUUGCUUGGGGGACCCCCUCUACUUUUCCUUAUUGAGGGGACUAUGCAGCAACUUUCCCUUCUCUGGGCUCAAGAUGCUCAAGCCAGGAAGCACAGAGCCCUGAUGGUGCCUUUCUUUCGGGAGGAACUCUCCAAAGUGACCAGCAGGAACUCCCCAUCUAGCAGGUCCAGGUCCCAAGUUCCCAGGCGCCUUUGCUUCUGUGGCCUGGUCUUCUCAAAGCCUUCUCAUUGCCCAGUGGGAAGUCUGAGAGAAAGAAACUGGGAACUUUAGACCCCCUGCUCCUGGCCAGGCUCACUCACAGGUUGUGCUACCACCCACCUAUGUUUACAUCCUCCAGGAGUUACUGCCCCCUCCCUUACCCUUCAGGCCAGGAUGCGGCCCAGCAGAACGUUGUUGGGAAGUGACCCUGUCCCCGCCGCCGCCGCCUUCCUGGAAGCCAUGGUCUGCUCCUGGGUCCUGCUGCUUCACUCUUUCCUCUUGAUAAACCUUGUACAGUUACUGUAACAGAA